AUAAAUAAUAUUACAAAAUCAAGAAACAACAUAAUUCAGAAUAUUAAAAUAACAAAAGAAAAGAAAGAAAGAGAGACAGGCUUAAUCAAAAGCACCAACCAAAGUUACCAACUACAUCACAGACAAAAACCAAAGAGAAGAGAAGAAAGAAAGAAACAACAAUGGCCAUGGAAGAGAAAAACAAGAAAAUCAAGAAGAUCAAGAAGAUCAAGAAGAAGAAAGAUACCAAAUCCUCGCCGGACAUCUCCUUCAAACCUUCCUCCGCCGUCAAAGGCCUCAAAUUCGGCGGCCAGGUAAUCGUCAAAUCAUUCACAAUCCGGCGAGCAAGAACACUCGAGCUCCUCAAACUCCUCUCCCUCCCUUCUUCAUCAUCACCAUCUCCGCCGCUUCUUUCCAUGGCGGCGUAUCUUCCGACCAACUUCACAAUCUUAGCUCACCAAGCAUGGCACACGCUCACCCUCGGGCUAGGAACGAGGAAGUCCAAAGUGAUAGUCUUCGUGUUCGAAACGGAGGCGAUGAAGACGGCGGUCACGGCGGCGGAGGGAGGACUCUGGCCGUCGGAGAUUCCGCUCGGUGAAGUGAACAAGAAGAUGAUCAGAAAGUUAAAGAGCUGGGAGAUGGCGAGGUUCAAGUUCAGGAAAGGGUGCAUCACGUUCUACGUAUACGCUGUGAGAAACGCCGGAGGCGAGGGGUUUGCGGCGGCGGAAGACUUAAAGGUAAUCUUACAGGCGGUGGUGGCUUUGAAAGACUUCAUGGAUCAUACGGCGAUGCUUGUAAUGCCCCACCAGAAAGCUAUUAAUUACGCUUCUUGCCCUCCUUUUGCUAUGGCUCACUAGAGUGGCCAUCUUUUUUUUUUCUUUUUUUUUUCCUUUUUACUCAUAUAAAAAUAGUUCCGUUUAUUUUUAUUUUUUGUGGUAAAGUUUGAUUCAUUGUUUUAUGAAAAAUACUUUUAAAUAA